UGGCUACAAUAUUCUGUCGUCUGUCGACAAGUUACACACUUGUCAAACAAAAUUGUCAGUUUUUUUAUUACAUUUCCUGUCGCUGUCAUUGACUAUUUAAAGUGUCUACAUUCUAAAUAAACCAUACUGUGUUUAAUAAGUGCUAUUCCGAUUAUUCUUACAUUUUCCUUCUAUAUUGUUUGUUCUUGUUGUAACAUUUCAAUCACAUUCGGUCAGAAUGACAAUGGGCGAUGAGUUGCCCGUCACCUCAUUAGUUUUACCAGUUCUCAUACGUCCUGUUUUAACUCAGUUAGAAAAAUAUGAUUUGGGGGCUUCACAAACAUUACGAGCUGCUCUCACGAAGGCUGAGGCUGCCCUGCCAGGUCUUAACUAUGACUUGGUUGCUGGAAUUAUGAGAAGAGCUGAUAUUCCUGUUAAUAUGAAUGAAAGCUUACUUCGUCUUCAAGGAACAUUAACUGAAGCUGAAUGUGCUGACUUAAGACUGAAUAGAUCAGAAGAAGCAUUUCAGGAACUUAACAAGAAGUCUGCUGCAUUGAAAAAGAUUUUAAGCAGGAUCCCUGAUGAAAUUACUGACAGGAAGACUUUUCUUGAAACCAUCAAAGAAAUAGCAUCAGCUAUAAAAAAACUACUGGAUGCAGUUAAUGAGGUUUCCACAUAUACACCUGGUCAGGGAAAGCAGGCUCUAGAGCAAAGAAAAAGAGAAUUUGUGAAGUAUUCCAAAAGAUUUUCUAACACCUUGAAGGAAUACUUUAAGGAAGGACAGGCUAAUGCAGUAUUUGUGAGUGCACUUUAUCUUAUUUACCAAACAAAUCAAAUCUUAUACACUGUAAAAAAUAAGUCAGAGUAAAACCUUUGAUGGAUAUACAAAUACUUAAAUAUGUAUACAAAAGUAAUUAAACGACUAUUUGUUUUUUAUUCCUUAUUGAAAUAACCACAAAUAAAUGUUAUAUAAUAGUAAAAUCUAAUUUGUAAGUAUUUUUUUUAACACUAAAUAUAAAAAUAAGAAAUCAAUAUUAUGUUAUAGUCUAAUAAUAACAUUUUGUUAGAUAUGGAACAUUAUUUUGGAAAUUAGAGCUUAAGGUAGUUUGAUAAUUUGUAACCAAGACAUUAAAUCAGAAAAUGUAUCAGAGUUGUUAAAAAUACACAGAUAAAAAUAAACAAACUUUGCACCUUUUAAUUUAUAGUCCAUAAUACAUAUUCAAUAUUGUGUCAGUUUGUUUUAUAUAAUACCCUGUAUAUGAAUACUGAAGUUGUAUAACUACAAAAAAUAAAAAUUGAUACUGCUUUAGUUUUUUACUUUUUUCUAUUACUAGAAAGCAAAUAACUAAAUUAUAUAUUUGUAUAUUCUUUUACUUAUAUUUUUAUUUCUGAUUCUAGUUUUUAAUAUAAACAUUUUAUAAGUUAAAGUGAUACAAUAAUAAUAAUUUUCUAUAAUUACAAUAAAAUUUCGUGUUACGAUCUAUUGUAAUAAAAUAAAAUUAUUAGAAUUUUUUUCCAAAUAAACAAUUUCUACUACUAUCUAAGAGGAAGAGAUGCUGAAUGCUUAGCAGAAAUUGAUUCUUAUGUAUUAUAUCUCAAUUCCACAUAACAAAGUGUUAAUAUAAUAAUGUCUCAUGUACCUGUCGAUAAAUGUUGUCAAUAAAAUCGAAGCAAAUAUUCAGUAUUCGUAAAAUAGUUGGUAAAAAGUAAAAAAAGAAUUGGUUAUGGUUAGAAAAUUAAUAUAAAUAAUGAGAUAUAAUUAUUUAGAUUUGCACAUAAUUAUAUUGUUUGUUGUUAUUCUGUAAAUUUUAAAUACUUUAUUUACCUUAUAAUCUAAUACAGUUUACAUUAGAAUUU